CUAUGAUCUUAUCGACGAUUCCUGGCCGCGUAGCUCGUGAAUGCGCUCCCAUCGACGAAAUACUGCGCGCUGUCGCUCUUUGCCGACCGAUUCCUUCCAUGGAUGCACAGAAUGGAUUGUGGGAGCGCCGUGGAGGAGCAGAUUUCGCGGCUUGUUGCCAGGAAGAGCCUCCAGUUCAUCGGUCUCGUCUUCGUUUGGAUCGCGAGCAAGAUACACGAAACAAAGCCGAUUCUUCUCAAGGAGAUUGCCAACGAUUUAAUUCCCGACGUUCAUACUUGUACGAGGGACUUCGCUGAGGCGGAGAUCUUGCUCAUGAAGGCCAUGAAGUUUGAUGUCCGGACGGGUACUCUAGUCUCUGAUGUCGCGAGCGAUUUACUGUCCAAGCUUAGGAACACAGCCACGGUUGGGAAGCUAGUCAAGCAAAGCACGGUUUUUCACAUCAUCGACUUGCUAUAUGGCGACGGCCAAUUCAACUUUGCCAGCGUUCUCUCUGACCUCUCCGCUGCGUCGAUCCUGGCAGUAGCAUUCGCUAUCUCUAUCCCGGACGAGCAAUGCAACUUCCCAUUUCUUCCCUGGCUGACAGCAUUGUCCCGAGCUUCUAAGCGCGAGAUCGAGCGCAUGGCGAGGCAAAUAUUUGCGCUAAUAUUUCACCAAUGAGCCUGUCCAAGAAGCUCUGUUAUUGCCGCGGAAGGAACUAGCAAUCAAGAAAUCGAUCGCUUCCAAGAAUCGCAGAGGUAUAUUCGCCUUAAAUCUAAACCUUAAGUUCUAAACUUUCAACUGCAUUGUAUUAUUUUAAUAUUUUGGUUUACUAGGUGAUAUUUAAAAUAUAUUUAGAUAUUCUAAAA